AUGCUGCGUCGAUCUUUUGUGGCGUUUCCGUGGUGGAACUUUCAAACAGAGCAUCGGCAGCGAUGUGUCAUGAUGUACGGUGGUGCUCGUACAAUGAACACACACAAUGCAAAUCACCGCGUUUUCAUUAAAAAGUACAAACGCAAUGCAUUUCCAAAUAGAACGCGGCACCAUUGGGCUGUAUCCAUGACGGGUGUACUUGGCCAGCGUCCACGCCGUAUGCCGUGGCCGUACGAUCUAACGUCCUUGAUUUUUAACCAGCCACGUCAGGGUUCUGACAAGAUUGGCUAUGUGGUGGGCACAAGCAUGCUCAAGACGGCUGUCGUGUCAACCAAUCAUAUGGUGUAUUAUCCAAAAUUCAAUCAACGCGUUGCGCGCACCAGUCGAUUCUUCGCACAUGACGAAGAUUUGGCGUGUGUUGAGGGAGACUUGGUGCAUAUCAAGCAGUGUCGAAAGAUAUCCAAGUACAAACAUUAUUAUGUGUUUAGCAUACUGGAACCAAACAUUGAAGGUCGUGAGCGACUUAAAUUAGGGCUAAAGGCCGUCCCUCCGCCAUUGUUUGGAUACCCUGUUUCGCGUCGUAUCGUGAAGCUCAAUUUGACAAACACAGAGGGCACAAAGGAAAAGCUGGCUGCUGUUAUUCAGGAACACGUACAGGACGCUUACAGAUAUGCUGGGCCGACACCGGAUCAGCCACGGAAUCGUCUAACUGAUUCAACAACAUUUGACGAAGCGAACCGUAUGAUUGCACCGAAUGCCCCAGCGACGCCGGCGCUGGAAGGUGAAGAGAGUCCAUCCUUGCUGGGGGACAAGGAGGACUACACAGAGGUGGAGAACGACACACGGUACAAGAAGGGUGAUGACUACUGGAUGAAUUUGCAGCCCAAAGAAAAGUACGACUUCAAGGGCUUCAAGAAGUCUCCGUAG